AUGGCUCCUCCUUUCCAAUUCCGAGGGAAUGGAGGACCCAACCGGUCUGGAGAUCGAGGUAGACGGCCGCCUAGAGAGCAACAUAAGUUUACUUUUCGCGCUCCUCGCUUGCUUUCCGAACGUCCACUCUUAGUGUCUAAGCGAGAGACAACCCCUGAGCAGUUGCAGGCAGAGAAUGGAGAGAAGCCUGCUCUGAAGUUUGCCUCUCUUGACGCUCUGAGUGACAGUGAAGAAGCUGAAAUGGAGUUCUCUGAUGAUUCAGAUGAAGAUGCACGUCCCCGCAAGAAGCGUAACAUCGGGUCUGGUCUUGGACCUGAUGGCCUGGUCCUUGCAGUUCCAACAGCUGAACCUCCCAAACCCAAGUGGUCCAACCCAGAUCCGUACACCGCACUACCACCGCCCGACGAAAGUCACAAGAGGGUAGACGUCAUCCAGCUUAUUCGCAAAGCUAGACUUGCCAACGUUACCAACAAGACACAGAGCAAGGCUGUUGUUGCCAACGAGGAUUUUAUCUCACUUGGGAUGUCCACGGAGAACAAAAAUGAUGACAGGCAGCAGCAGCAGCAGCAGAAAGCUCCCGCGGAUGCACCAAGAGGCCCCCGGGGUCUGCCACCAGGGGCUGACUCGAGAGCUCCUCCAUAUGUGCCAAACGGUCCCAUGGGUCUGGAAGUUCGGGGAACGGCGACAAAACGUACGCGUGAUGAUGAGCCAAAGGGCAUUUCGCCGAGACAAGGAAAGCCCAAAAUCAAGUUCAAUCGGGAUGGUUCUAUUCAUCAGGAGUGGCGCCCAAGACCUGGUCAAAACUGCACUCCUUGGUUAGAGUCGGUUACACGGGCCUCAGGCCCGAGCGUGUGGUUUCACAAUGAAUGUAUCGCUUAUUACAAAUGGGUUAGACCAGAGAUGUUUGAAGAUCUCGUACGAGCCGAUUUAAUCAACCGUUUGGCGGCUGGCUUUGAAAGACGUUAUGGUAAGGUGCAGCUGCGUCCAUUUGGCUCCUUCGCAUCGGGCCUUUACCUUCCAGUGGCAGAUAUCGAUUUGGUGCUCCUCUCCCCCCAAUUCCGACAGACAGGCCGCAAGUUUUAUGGUGUGAGAAAGGGUCAAAUCUAUGCAUUUUCUGCUCACUUACGAGACAUGCAAAUUGCUGUUCCUGGAUCCAUUGAGACUAUUGCUCAUGCCAGAGUGCCUAUUUUGAAGUUUAUUGACAAGUUGACGGGCCUCCGGGUGGAUCUGUCUUUCGACAAUGACAGUGGUAUUCUUGCCAAUGAGACCUUCAAUGUUUGGAAGAGCCAGUUUCCAGUGAUGCCAGUCGUUGUUUCUGUCAUCAAGCAGUUUUUACUCAUCCGUGGACUGAACGAGGUGGCUACAGGAGGUCUGGGUGGAUUUUCUAUCACUUGCCUUGUGGUGAGUGUUCUUCAACACCUUCCGGACACAUUUCAGCAGAACGUGGGUCAUGUUUUGCUUCAUUUCUUCGACUUUUAUGGCAACGUCUUCGAUUACCGAAGAACUGGUAUCCGGUUGAAUCCAGCUGGCUUCGUGAAUAAGACGUUUGAAAGCAGAGAUCGUCUCAUGAUUGAAGAUCCUAACAACCCUGACAAUGACAUCUCGGGUGGGACAAAGGAGAUUCCACUUAUUUUCCACACCUUCAAACAAGCCCACCGUGCUUUGAGGGACAUCAUGCUCCGGUACCACACUCUGCCACCUGGCACCAGCAUCUUGGAGAAAAUCAUCGCAGCCAACUUUGACGAGUAUGAUGAGCAACGAUUCCAGCUGUUUGAAGUGUUUCAAAACGCAACUCAGUUUGAUAAAUACCGCCUUGCUCCACCGCCUCCCCCGACUGAAGCUCCACCAAGUAUUCCACCACCGCCUCCUGGAGCCUACUAG